AUGCGAAGGAUUUCGUCGUCCGCACAGCUUUUCUCUUCCUCUCCUGCCCGCCUCGCACCUGGCUCGGUGCGACACUAUGGCGUGCAGCCCAUGUCGGUGAAAACGAUGGGCCUCCUUCCGCGAGGCCAGGGCUUUCUCUUCCAGAAGGAGGAAGGCGCAACAUCGUGCGUUCAGCAGCUGAAUCGAAUCUACAUCCUGGACAAGGAGUUGCGGGACUUGCUCCGAACCGAAGCGAGAAUGAAACCGCAGGAGGUGGCGCAGAGCACUCAAGCUUCAUCGGCUGAGGCUGCUCCCCUCUCGUCAAGCACUCUCGUCUCGACCUCUCCCGCUUCCAAGAAGGCACCGCGGUCUCGCUCCGCACGCUCUGCUCAGUCGAACAAGCCCAUUCGAGAGCCUCGCGCAUCAAGGAAGGCCGUCGGAAGCCCCAGCUCGUGA